AUGAACAACAUACCGUGCCUAUACAGUAGUGUCCAGGAAAUCCAAUGUUGGACCGAUCCUCACUCUUCCUCCACAAGUGUCCCUCUUUUUCCAAGUUUCGCAAUCACGCCGGCCCGCUCUUCGCCGCCAACGCCCACAUGCAGUAAUUAUCCCACAUGGUUCACUACCGGGAGCUACUUUCACCCAAUCCUCGCCGUGCAGUCCUGCCCUGUACCUAAUCGUAACCUCUCUGGCCAAGCAUUUCCACAUCCCAAUGCAGAGAACGAGACGGAAAAAUAAAACGAAGAAGCAAAACCCCCGAGAAUCUGCGUUGGAGAUGAUUCGUAUUCGUAAACCUCUUCUUCUUCACUCUCGUAUUAUUCUCCAUUCAAAACUACCGCCUCACCCAUUUACUGUACAAAUAAAACCCACGCAGCUCCUCCAAUCAAACAGGAGCCAACCCACAGCAAAUCGUCAA